GAGCUUUCUCGUUGUUGUCUUACUACCAAGUAAUAGAGAGAUAUCUGAAGAGGCACUUUUGAAAAUAACCCUACCUGGGCUACCGCGGUACACUCUUUGAAUUUCUUUCUCUUCCAAAUUAUUUUGAAAAUCUUUUCGUCUCUCAACCAUCUUCUCACAUUCCACCCUCACACCAUCACACUUCGCCUACUCAGACGUAAUGAGCCAGCGAUUUCUGCCACCAGGGGCACCGCCCCAAUAUGAUGAACAUUCCGACUUCGACAUGGACUAUUACAUCGAAGAUAAUGUCGAAGAGCCCCUUAGCGGAUAUGACGACCCAGACUACAUAGAGGCACUUGACAGAUGGAUAUGUUCCAACAUGAACCAGUGCUGUGCAUAUUGCCAGACAGUCCGCUGCGAAACGUUCCGCGCAGCAAUUAAAGAGUUCGAUCAUAUUUACACGAACCAAAAGCUGCAAGACAUGUUUACAGAUGCAGACGCGAUUACAGCUAGGGAUGUCUCCGACAUUCAUACCCUAAACCGCAUAGUUAACAAAUACGUUUACAACAAACACUUUUCAGAUCUUAACGAUUUCGACCUGAGAUGGCCUGCGCAGACGCAUUAUGCAGGUCUAUCUGCGCCGAUGAGAUCCGCACAGCCACGCGUACAGGCUCAGCAGCAGAAUGCGGCCUACACAACUGAGGUGUCAACGACCAGCGCCUGGCCUCAGCAGCAGCAGCAACACAAAUAUUCUUGUAACACGUCUUCGUACAAUGAGCCCUUACCAGCGCUCGCCCCACAGGCUCUUCGAGCUAUUCCUUCUCCGGGUGUUCAAGGUCUCCAGAAGUUUCAGGCUGCCCCGGCUUUUCAGGCCCCUCAAGCCUCUCCGGCUCCUCAGGUCCCUCAGGUCUCUCAGGCUCCUCAAAGCUUAGGUAACGCGCCUGCACAUACCGCAAGCAUGCAAUAUGCUAAGGUGGCCGCGUCGGCACCGCGAUCUCUGCCAGCUCCAGCAUUACCUAGACAAGGUACACAAGUCCUAGCAGCGCAGAAGCCUCGAAAUCAACCUGCUAAACAGGCAGCCGGCAGCACGACGGAGAUAUCUGCUUCCGGGUCUCAUUCUCAGAGCACCCCGGCAAGCCUAGUUCAACGACUACUCGUUUGGGAUGCCACCCGAGGAGAGGAUGCCGAACCCUUCCCGAGCUGCGAGCCAUACGUUAUUCGGCUACCUACUUCUGAUUUCGACUGA